CAAAAGUGAGCUGCUGGCAGCAUGUGCACAACUUGGAGUAUCUGUUGCUGGCUCUGCCUCAGAUAUCAUUAAUCGCUUGGAGGAGCUACUUCUAUACAAAGACAUUUACCCCAAAAUGUUCAUCAAACUACAGAAGACUGGAGGUGGUGUUCUCCAUGUUGGCUGCCCACAUGCAAUUGUUUACGUUUGUUCACCUCUUUGGUGGCAAGAGUCAGCGAGGGACCACGUUGACGCUCUUCUGAAUUUAAAAACUCCACCGACUAUCUACAUUUCAGAUGUAGCUGGACGUGUUGCACGACAUGCUAACAAUAGAACUCGACAGGCAUUUUUCAGGCCUUUUGAUGGCAGACUGUGUGAGGCCACAGCUGAAAAUGUGGCCAAGGCCUCAGCUAAGGAGCUUGUUGUCCAUUUACCCUGGGUUAAAACCAUGACUGAAGGUGGACGUGUCCAGAGUCAAGGUAAUGAAGCCACUGAAGCACUUGACAAACCUCACCCUAUCACAGGAACGUCAGAUAGACUUUCAUUGUAUGACCGCUUUCAUCAACGUAACCAAAAACAGGAAAAAGAGAAACUGAGAAGCCUUGAUCUUGUCCCAGAGCUCCUUGGUCUCAUUAACUCUUCAAUGGCAGAGCAACUCAACCGGGAACUUGCCAACUCUCGAUACUUUCUUUGUCAGCUGAAAGAUGUUCAUUUUAUGUUUGCACUUCGCUUGGUGUUCCAUUUGCAUAACUGUAAAGUGAAUAAAUCAUUCAUGGACAAAAUGCUGAGACAGACACAAGGGGCAGCUGAAGUUGGCCUGGAUGGCAGACUGAGUCUCUUCACUACAUGUGAGAUUGAUAGAAAUCUUAUCUUAAUUUGUGCAUUUAACCUUAUAAAUUGA